UACGAUAAUUAAAUAUUUGUAUUUUUGAUUUACCAUCUUAUUUGCAAACUAUUCUGUUUAUCUAAACGUUAAAUAUAACCAGUAAGUGAACUUCAACAUUGACAAAUGGACAGAAAUGCAUUUGGUAAAAAAACUAGUGGAUUGCAGCGGCCUCGCGUUGAUCGCUUUGUGGCGCCGCGCGAAUCCUUCGAUGAGCUGCGGCGACGGCAACACGUGUUCGCCCGUAAGCACCAAUCUGAAAGCAUCUGGCAUGGCAAAUACGUGAAACAGAAACAGUACGCGAGCCACAUCGACAAAGCCUUCGGGCUAGAAGCACCAGCACCUUCACAACCAGAGCAAACCUGGCCCUGCGUGCCGCGCACGCGCACAUUUCUAUCUUCAGCUGAUAACGUCCUGGAUCUACCAACUUACAGCUCCGCUGCUUUUCCAGAACUCCUCGACUGGAGCAACGACAACAUACUGGUGGCAGCACUUGGCAACAAAUACUACAAGUGGAGCUGGCAUUCACAGAGUCCUAUAGGCAAAGGCUUCACCCUUUUUAGUACCGCAUGCUGUAGGUUUGACCCUACAGGGGAAAGGCUAGCACUAGGAACCGACAUGCAGCGCAUAGAGGUACACAACGCGUGGAGCAAGUGGGUAGCCGGUAGUUGGUGCCGCUGCGCCACCAAGCCGCUGCAGCCCUUUUGUCUGGUCACCGCCGUGGACUGGAGCCCCACGGGGAACUCCAUCGUCACCGGCUGUUCCCGAGGGAUGAUCACCGCUUUCGACCGCGACGCCACACUCAUCAGCUACCGGCAAGCCACCAACUUCGCCAUCUUUCUUGUGCGGGUGUCUCCGGACGCGCGCUACGUGGCCGCGGCCGCCGUCAACAGUUCACAGGUGCUUGUGAUGUUGUGGCCGUCUCUGGUAGAAUCUAGGGCUAUCAGUUCCGACUGGAUGGUAAAGACUAUAGCCUGGCACCCAUGGCGCAGCGCUCUCCUCGGCAUCGGCGGAGUCACGGAGACCAAAUCCUGGAUAGCCCUCUGGGAUGCCCCGCGAGCCACCCUGCGCGCUACUACUACCGUCAGCAGUAGCGACUAUAGCCUGGACACCAUGUUAUUCAGCCAUCGGACUGGGGAACUAGUACUCAGUCUCUGGAACACAGAGCAAAUGGGGUACCCUAAAGCAUGCUCUCAGCUUGUGGUGAUGAGCGGACCAGACUCGGUGGUGGACCAGUGGGGGGAGGGCAGAUACGGCGUCGACCGCGUCAGGACCAUGGUCUUCAGCCCUGAUGGCACUAAGCUUGCGACAGCCACAGCAGACGAAGACCUAAUAAUCUGGAAUUUCCUGCCUCCAGACAACAAACCUAGCAAAAAGACCAAGCGGAGAAGAUUCUCCGCCAUCCCCACCUACAUCGACCAGAGCUUACAUGGCUUCUCCGUUCGAUGAUUUAUA